AUGGCCACCGUUUUUGGCCUCAUAUUGCACUGUCUUGUGGUACUCGCCGCCGCCGCUGGCAGCUAUGGCGAUGCGACGCAGCAGCCACUCGUGCACCCUGGCAACGACACGCUCGUCUCGCAGAAGCUCUUCUGGGAGCUGGAGGAGCUUGCGCGCAUAGUCGACAUCGCCUACUGUGUUGGCACCGCCGGUCUGGGCAUCCAGCAGCCCUUCGAGUGCGCCAGCCGCUGCUCAGACCGCGACUUCGAGAGUUUUGAGCUCGUAACAGCAUGGAACACAGGGCCCUUCCUCUCCGACUCGUGUGGAUACAUCGCCCUGGCGCACAGUCCUAAGAACCCACGACUCAUCCUCGCCUUUCGCGGAACCUAUUCCAUCGCCAACACCAUCGCAGACCUCUCGACCAUCCCUCAAGAAUAUGUGUCCUAUCCCGGCGAUGACGAUGACGGGUCAACCUCUGAUUUCCUUGCGCCCCAUGUGCAGUCGUCCCCACCUUCCCAAGGAGAUCCACCGCCUGCAGACCCGCCCAAGUGCACCAACUGCACCGUGCACACGGGCUUCUACACCUCCUGGCUAAACACACGCAAGGUCGUUCUUCCACAUGUUUCUGAGGCUCUGGCGAAAUACCCCAAUUACCAGCUGGUUCUCGUUGGGCAUUCUCUAGGCGGCGCGGUCGCGACCUUGGCUGGUCUGGACUUCAAGGCGCGUGGCUGGAACCCUCGCGUGACCACUUUUGGCGAGCCGCGACUUGGAAACAAGAACCUGAAUACCUACAUUGACGACCGUUUCAACGUCACAGACAACCACGAGGCCAACACCUUCCACCGCGUCACCCAUGCCGGCGAUCCUGUACCCUUGCUGCCCCUGGAAGAGUGGGGCUACUCCAUGCACAGCGAAGAAGUCUUCAUCUCCGAGCCAAGCCUGCCGUUUUCCAUAGCCCACGUCCACCACUGCGAAGGCGACGAAGACCCGCACUGCAUCGAGGGCAGUGACGAGGACCGCCCUGCCUGGGGCGUACCCACGCGCUUCAAGUUCUGGCAGUUGUUCUUUGCGCACAGAGACUACUUCUGGCGUCUUGGCCUGUGUCUUCCUGGCGGAAAUCCGACGGACUGGUACAAGAAGUUCCCGAAGCAUAGUACCGGUGAUGGCGAUGAUGAGAGUACACAGGAACCUAACGAACUGUAA